CUUAAUUUGAAAAACCGCAGCCUAACGGCUUCUUUCUUUCCUUUCCAUAAACAAACGAGCAAUCUCAAACUUCCUCCCAAACCCGCUUCUCUCACUCCUCCUCACAAGCAUAUUCACCGUUGAGAAUCUCUGUACGCGUUCAAUCUUCCAUGGCUGCUCCGACUACCGACCAUAUCGGUAGAUCCGCCGCGGCGAGGACGGUCCCGUCGUUGAGCGGGAAGGUUCGUGUAGUAGCCAAAAUCCGGAAUUCAACGGAUUCAGAGGUCUUGCCCGGAAAGAAAGCUCCGGCGCCGUGGAUUUCAGUAAACAAGCCUAAUGGAGAUGCAUCUGACCGCGUAAAGGUGACCUUGGGAGAGCAAUCGGCCAGCUCUAGAGAGUGUUAUGAGAUUGGUUACUGCUACCAAGAGAAUGAAGGCAAUGAAGAAAUGUUUAGAAGAGAGGUGCAGUUUCUAUUACCCGAAGUGUUCAACGGUCGCAGUGUCACUGUUGUGGCUUGCGGAGCUAGAGGUUCUGGAAAGACUCAUGUCAUUCAGGGUACUGAAGGGGAUUUGGGUUUGGCAGCCUUAUCUAUGGCCGAAAUACUACGAAUAUCUGAGGAAAGUAACAAGUUCGUUGCGGUUUCAUGCUACGAGAUCCUUCAAGAGCAUGCUUAUGAUCUGCUGGAACCAAAAUCGCAGGAAGUAUCAGUGUUGAAAGAUGGCCAAGGACGAGUGCAACUCAAAGGACUUUCUUGUGUUCAAGUGAAGUCCUUGUAUGAAUUUCACAAACUAUAUCGUAGACAAAGCAGGACCGUGCGUAAAGCAAAUCAAAAGAUAACUCAUUCAUUUCCUCCCAGAAGCACAAAAGGGUUGAUCUUAUACAUAUCAUCACAAGCCGAUAAGCUGGCCAGUGCUCCUGUUGGCAAGAUCAAUUUUGUUGAGUUAGCAGGUUAUGAGGAUGCGAAAAGAAAAAGUGAUGUUGGUAACUUUGGGGAGAAUGCUCAAAUUAAUAAGUCCAUCCAUGCAUUCAUCAAAGUGGCGUAUUCAUUACAUGCCAAUGAAAUUCAUGUGCCAUAUCGAGAGAGUAAGCUUAGCCGGAUGUUGGAAGAUUCACUUGGAGGGAAGAGUAGCAUUCUGAUCCUUACAUGCUUGAACCCCUUCUCCUGCCAAGACUCAAUGAACAUGUUAAAGUUGGCUUCUCGUUGCUCCCAGAGUAAUACCAUUACUACCAAGAUUGUGGUGGAUUCUGCAAGAAAAACAGAUAGCACGGCAAGAUCCAAGGUAUUUGCUUCACAUAGAAGCAGGCUACCUGGGAGUGCUUCCUCCAUGAGGAAGCAGCCAACUCCCUCCCAUUUUCCUAUUCAUGGUAAGAAAUCCAGUGGAAAUGCUUCUGCGCUGAAAGCAAGGGAAUUGUUUGCCGACAAAGGUCAUGAGAAACCUAAUAAGGUAAAUGCCUCUGCAACUGUUUCAAGAACUGAAUCUUCUCUACCAGAAGAGGCAAGUUCUUUCAUUGGCUUGAAUACUGGGAUUUCUGCACAAGAAGAGGAAGCUUCAUCAUUAGAACUAGAGAAUACUCCUGCUUCGUUGGAAAAUGCUCUUGCUUCCCUGGAGGUACGGGUAUCAAUGGAGCUCACUGAAGAAAACAAGCACGUGGACAUGAUAACACCGGCCACUACAGCUUUACCUGUGGUUGAUGAAGUAGGCCAAAGUUUAGACAAGCAUGUGGACAUGAUAACACCAACCACUACGACAUUAUCAGUGGUGGAUGAAGGCCAAAGUCUCGAUAAGGAGAAUGACAUAUCUCUGGCCAACAAAAAUGAAUCUCCACCAAUCAGCUUGCGGUUGCAGGAGAUCUCAAACAAUCUGAAGCAGCUCUACAAUUCAACCCCAAAGCAGCUCUACACGUCAACCCCAUUGCGCACGGUGAUGCCCUCAAGCAAUGAUCUUCCUCUCCAAGAUCAGUUUACAACUGCUUCUGUGGAGCCAUUGACGCCCGAAUGCAAUGUAAAAGUGAAUAAGAACUUGGACAUUGCAAGCUUCUGCAGUCCCUGGGAGAAGUUGAAUAGAAGCAAUUGCGGAGUGAAGAACUCGCUUGUUCAGGAGUACCUUAAUUUCUUCAACACAGCGAACAAGGAAGAUUUGAAGAAACUAAAGGGGAUCGGAGAAAAACGUGCAACAUACAUUAUGGAGUUUCGUGAUGAAUCACCUUUUAUGGAUCUUGACGAGUUGAAAGAUGUUGUGGGGCUCUCAGCUAAACAGAUCAAGGACAUGGUGAGCAAGGAUGUAUUAGGAGGGCUUUUUCACUAGACUGUUGUCUAAGUUACUUCUAGAGUUGUCUUGAUUGGCAAUGCAUAAAGUUGCCACCUUCUAAUUUAUGUUGUAGCUAAGCUUGAAAAGUACUUCUACUUACAAGACCAUCGUUAUCGUAAUAUCAAGUAAAUAAUGGAAAUACUUCUAUCCUUAUUUCACGUCCAAUCAUAAAAACAGUUAUUGUGCUUUAUUCUUUAAGAACAUAAAAAGGAGAGUCUAGCCAUAUAAGUGAGCAAGGGUUAACAUUUCUUGAAGCCUCCUGUGUGUACCGUUAUAGUUUGUGCCAUAUCUCAGAU